GAGAGGUUCAGACACUUGCCCGAGGUCACACAACUAGUAUUACUGUCCACUCCUCCCACCUCUCCAGUGCACCAUGGCCCCGGGCCCCUUCUCCUCCGCGCUGCUCUCGCCACCGCCUGCUGCCCUGUCCUUUCUGCUGCUACUCUGGGCGGGGGCAUCUCGGGGCCAGCCCUGCCCUGGCCGCUGCAUCUGCCAGAACGUGGCGCCCACGCUGACCAUGCUGUGCGCCAAGACCGGCUUGCUCUUUGUGCCGCCAGCCAUUGACCGGCGUGUGGUCGAGCUGCGGCUCACAGACAACUUCAUCGCCGCCGUCCGCCGCCGUGACUUCGCCAACAUGACCAGCCUGGUGCACCUCACCCUCUCCCGUAACACCAUCGGCCAAGUGGCAGCCGGCGCCUUUGCGGACCUCCGCGCCCUCCGAGCUCUGCACCUCGACAGCAACCGCUUGGCCGAGGUCCGUGGCGACCAGCUCCGUGGCUUGGGCAACCUCCGCCACCUGAUCCUCGGCAACAACCAGAUCCGCCGGGUGGAGCCGGCGGCCUUCGACGCCUUCUUGUCCACUGUGGAGGACCUGGAUCUGUCCUACAACAACCUCGAGGCCCUGCCCUGGGAGGCCGUAGGCCAGAUGGUGAACCUGAACACCCUCACGCUGGACCACAAUCUCAUCGACCACAUUGCCGAAGGUACCUUCGUGCAGCUUCACAAACUGGUUCGCCUGGACAUGACCUCCAACCGCCUCCAUAAACUGCCCCCUGAUGGACUCUUCCUGAGGUCCCAAGGCCCUGGGCCCAAGCCGCCUACGCCACUCACGGUCAGCUUUGGUGGCAACCCCCUGCAUUGCAAUUGUGAGCUGCUCUGGCUGCGGCGGCUGACCAGGGAGGAUGACCUGGAGACGUGUGCCACCCCUGAGCACCUCACUGACCGCUACUUCUGGUCCAUCCCUGAGGAGGAGUUCCUGUGCGAACCCCCGCUGAUCACACGGCAGGCGGGGGGCCGGGCCCUCGUGGUGGAGGGCCAGGCAGUCAGCCUGCGGUGCCGUGCGGUGGGUGACCCUGAGCCGGUGGUGCAUUGGGUGGCACCUGACGGGCGGUUGCUGGGAAACUCCAGCCGGACCCGGGUCCGGGGGGAUGGGACACUGGAUGUAACCAUCACCACCUUGCGGGACAGCGGCAUCUUCACUUGCAUCGCCUCCAAUGCCGCGGGAGAAGCCACGGCACCGGUGGAGGUGUGCGUGGUGCCUCUGCCUCUGAUGGCGCCCCCGCCGGCUGCCCCGCCGCCUCUCACUGAGCCUGGCUCCUCUGACAUUGCUACGCCCGGCCGACCUGGUGCCAACGAAUCGGCUGCUGAGCGCCGGCUGGUGGCGGCGGAGCUCACCUCCAACUCCGUGCUCAUCCGCUGGCCAGCGCAGAGGCCAGUGCCUGGCAUCCGCAUGUACCAAGUCCAGUACAACAGUUCUGCGGAUGACUCCCUCGUCUACAGGAUGAUCCCCUCCACCAGCCAGACCUUCCUGGUGAAUGAUCUGGCGGCGGGCCGCUCCUACGACUUGUGCGUGCUGGCAGUCUACGACGACGGGGCCACAGCGCUGCCAGCCACGCGAGUGGUGGGCUGCGUGCAAUUUACCACGGCUGGGGAUCCGGCGCCCUGCCGCCCGCUGAGGGCCCACUUCUUGGGUGGCACUAUGAUCAUUGCCAUCGGGGGUGUUAUCGUCGCCUCUGUCCUCGUCUUCAUCGUUCUGCUCAUGAUCCGCUACAAGGUCUACGGUGAUGGAGAUGGCCGCCGCGUCAAGGGCGCCUCUAGGUCGCCCCCGCGGGUCAGCCACGUGUGCUCGCAGACCAACGGCGCAGGCGUGCAGCAGUCCCUGCCAGCGCAAGACCGCUACGAGGCCCUACGCGAGGUGGCAACCCCGGCUGGUGCUUCAGUGGCAGUCGAAGCAAAGGCCACGGUGGUAGAGACGGCUUCCUCAGACCCAGAGGCGGUCCUUGGACGCUCCCUGGGCGGCUCGGCCACCUCGCUGUGUCUCCUGCCGUCGGAGGAAACCUCCGGGGAGGAGCCUCGAGCUGCGGUGGGCCCUCGGAGGAGCCGUUCUGGGGCCUUGGGGCCGCCAGCUUCGGCUCCCCUCACUCUCGCUCUGGUUCCUGGGGGGACCUCGGCACGGCCAAGGCCUCAGCAGCGCUAUUCGUUCGAUGGGGACUAUGGGGCGCUCUUCCAGAGCCACAGUUACCCGCGCCGCGCCCGGCGGACAAAGCGCCACCGGUCCACACCGCACCUGGACGUGGCCGGAGGGGACGCGGCCGGGGAGGAUGGAGACCUGGGGCUGGGCUCCGCCAGGGCACGCCUGGCCUUUACCAGCACCGAGUGGAUGCUGGAGAGUACCGUGUGAGCGGCGGGCGGGCGCCGGGACGCCUGGGUGCCGCGGACAAACGCCCAGCCCCCCAGAUCCCGGGGCAGGACACGGGGGAGAAAGCACAGCGCCAAGACCUCUGACUGGAGGGGAGAUGGGCCCCUACUCCUACUCCUCCCCCAGGGGGC